GCCGCGGGGCGCAGGCGCGGCGCGGGGUCGUGUCUCUGGUGGCGGCGGGGCGGGUACCGGGCGGCGGCUGCGGCGCGGACAUGGCGCUGUCGCUGGGCGAGGGCGGCGGCGGGAGCCGGCUGCGGCGGCAGCUGGAGUCGGGCGGCUUCGCGGCGGGGGAGUACGUGAAACAGCUGUCGCAGCAGUCGGACGGGGACCGGGACUUGCAGGAGCACCGGCAGCGCAUCCAGGCGCUGAGCGAGGAGACGGCGCAGAGCCUGAAGCGCAACGUCUACCAAAACUACCGGCAGUUCAUCGAGACGGCGCGGGAGAUCAGCUACCUGGAGAGCGAGAUGUACCAGCUCAGCCACAUCCUCACCGAGCAGAAGGGCAUCAUGGAGGCCGUCACCCAGGCCCUGCUCCUCCAGGCCGACCGCGACGACCCCGCGCUGGGCGCCCGCCGCGCCGCCGCCGCCGACCCCUUCCUGCCGCUGUCGGCCAAGGAUGCGGCGGCCAACGAGGAGGGGCGGCAGCGCACUCUCACCACCCUCCUGGAGAAGGUGGAGGGCUGCCGCGACCUCCUGCCCGAGAGCCCUGGCAAGUACUUGGUCUACAACGGCGACCUGGUGGAGUACGACGCCGACCACAUGGCGCAGAUCCAGCGGGUGCACGCCUUCCUCAUGAACGACUGCCUGCUCGUGGCCACCGCUCUGCCCAACCGCCGCGGCGCCUACCGCUACGAUGCCCUGUACCCUCUCGACGGGCUGGCCGUGGUCAACGUCAAGGACAACCCGCCUAUGAAGGACAUGUUCAAGCUGCUCAUGUUCCCCGAGAGCCGCAUCUUCCAGGCUGAGAACGCCAAGAUCAAGAAGGAGUGGCUGGAGGUGCUGGAGGAGACCAAGCGCAACCGUGCCCUCAGCGAGAAGCGACGCCUGGAGCAGGAGGCCCUGCCCCGGCCCGCCCCAACGCCCCCCGAAUCCACCAACCCCUUCGACGAGGACGAGGAGGAGGAGGAUGAGCCUUCCGCUGAGGAGGAGGUCGUUGACCUGUCACUUGAGUGGAUCCAGGAGCUGCCCGAGGACCUGGACGUCUGCAUUGCUCAGCGGGACUUCGAGGGGGCGGUGGACCUCUUGGAUAAACUGAACGAGUACCUGGCGGACAAGCCUGUGAGCCAGCCCGUGAAGGAGCUGCGGGCCAAGGUGGAUGAGCGCGUCCGGCAGCUCACAGAUGUGCUGGUGUUCGAGCUGUCUCCAGACCGCUCGCUGCGAGGAGGGCCGCGGGCCACUCGCCGAGCCGUGUCCCAGCUCAUUCGCCUGGGCCAGUCCACCAAGGCCUGCGAGCUGUUCCUGAAGAACCGGGCAGCCGCGGUGCAGACCGCCAUCCGGCAGCUGCGCAUCGAGGGCGCCACGCUGCUCUACAUCCACAAGCUCUGCCAUGUCUUCUUCACCAGCCUCCUGGAGACGGCCAGGGAGUUUGAGACGGACUUCGCCGGCAACAACGGCUGCUACUCGGCCUUUGUUGUCUGGGCCCGCUCGUCCAUGAGGAUGUUUGUAGAUGCCUUCAGUAAGCAAGUAUUUGAUAGCAAAGAGAGUUUGUCAACUGCGGCAGAGUGUGUCAAGGUGGCUAAAGAGCACUGCAAGCAGCUGAGCGAGAUUGGACUGGAUCUCACCUUCAUCAUUCACGCUCUCCUGGUAAAGGAUAUCAAAGGUGCUUUGCAGAGCUACAAGGACAUCAUCAUCGAGGCCACCAAGCACCGCAACUCUGAGGAGAUGUGGAGAAAGAUGAACCUGAUGACUCCAGAGGCGCUGGGGAAGCUCAGGGAGGAGAUGAGGAGCUGUGGGGUGGGCAGUUUUGACCAAUACACAGGUGAUGACUGCUGGGUCAACCUCAGUUACACUGUAGUAGCUUUCACUAAGCAGACUAUGGCCUUCUUGGAGGAAGCAUUAAAGCUUUACUUUCCAGAGCUGCAUAUGGUUCUCCUGGAGAGUCUUGUGGAAAUCAUCCUGGUGGCUGUCCAGCAUGUCGAUUACAGUUUACGGUGUGAACAGGACCCUGAGAAAAAAGCAUUCAUUAGGCAGAACGCCUCUUUCCUGUAUGAAACUGUCCUUCCUGUUGUGGAAAAAAGGUUUGAGGAAGGAGUUGGAAAGCCAGCCAAGCAGCUGCAGGAUCUGAGAAAUGCCUCAAGAUUGAUGCGUGUAAAUCCGGAAAGUACCACCUCUGUGGUGUGAAGUGAACCUAACUGUUCCCGGGAACAAGGUGGCAGCACUUACUGAAGAUGUUGUACAUUGAACAGGUGAACUAAACAGGGUUUUUUUGAGUCACUGAAAGAUGCAGAACUCUUGUCUGCUGCAUUCCAGAACCUGAAGACUUUGAAUCAAUCCCAGCAAGCAUGCAAUGCUUUACUUGGUGGAUGGGGUGUAGGGAAAUGAGGAGGUGGAGGUCACGUGUGCUUGGACAGCAUAUCCUGUACGAAGGGCUUGUGUAGUCUUUGUGACUUAGGAAUAACUGUAAUACAAAAAUUUUGGCCAAUUGUUUGUGCAAGUCUUAAAUACAUGUACAGCAGAUGGCAGGAAAAGAUCAAGUCUCAUCGUGUCACUGUAGCAGUUCUUUUUUAAGGCAGUGUUCUGGUAGGAGGGGAAAUGCGGAAGCAUUCCCAGGGUGUGGUAUUCAGGAAGGCACAUCCACCACCCAGAUGUGACUCAGCACUGUAGAUAAAUGACAUGGAUUUGCACAAUGUGAUUUUUGUGGUAGCAAUGCAGACUUUUCUUUAACAUUGAGAUUAUUAAUUUCAGAGGCAGAUUGAAAUAAAAAUGGUUUUAGUAUAGGUUCUGGUAUUUGGAUGAAGGGGCUUCUUCGGUUAAAUAAGCUGGCCUGUGAGCCUAAGUUAUAGCUGUCUGAAAACAAACCUGCUGUCAGAACCAUUUGUUCGCUUCAAGAGAAGUGAGAAUAAAUUGCUUCCCUUC